AUGAGCUGGCGGGCUGAGGCGUGGGGGCUGGAGGUUUGGGGUGGGGUGGUGGUGGAGUCGUCGGGGCGCCCCUGUAGUCGGCUCAGGAGAGGGAGGAGGACACUGAGCCCCCCCACUUGGCUCCUGGGCGUUUGUGGACCGAGCACUGGCACCGGAGUGCUCAUGGCAGCCCUGGUAGCCGUCACCAUGUCUACCUACUUUCCCCACGCAGGAAGCGCAGGCAAGAUAAUUAGUAUAUUCGGUGUGUUGACAGAGAUGGGAGUGCAGUUUGAGGCUCCAUCCCUGCUGAUUGGCGAUGAUGAGGCGGGCUAUGACCUGGGUCUGUUUUGUAUACCUAAUCAUUAUGUGGCGGAUUUGGAAAGUGUGUUUAUUCCUCAUGGACUAAUUAUGGACAGGACUGAACGGCUGGCUCGGGAUGUGAUGAAGGAGAUGGGAGGCCAUCACAUUGUAGCCCUCUGUGUGCUCAAGGGUGGCUAUAAAUUCUUUGCAGACCUGCUGGAUUACAUCAAAGCACUGAACAGAAAUAGUGAUAAGUCCAUUCCCAUGACUGUAGAUUUUAUCAGACUGAAGAGCUACUGUAAUGACCAGUCCACGGGGGACAUCAAAGUUAUUGGUGGAGAUGAUCUCUCAACUUUAACUGGAAAGAACGUUCUCAUUGUUGAGGAUAUAAUUGACACUGGCAAAACCAUGCAGACCCUGCUUUCCUUGGUCAAGCAGUAUAAUCCAAAGAUGGUCAAGGUUGCCAGCUUGCUGGUGAAAAGAACUCCUCGAAGCGUUGGCUACAGACCAGACUUUGUUGGCUUUGAGAUUCCAGACAAGUUCGUUGUAGGAUAUGCCCUUGACUAUAAUGAAUACUUCAGGGAUUUGAAUCACAUCUGUGUCAUCAGUGAAACUGGAAAAGCCAAAUACAAAGCCUGA